AUAUAUAUAUAAUAAUAUAUGCAUGUAUGCAAUAGUAGUAUUGUUCGUACAGUCUCUCUCUAAUGGCUUCCAAAAUCCAUUAUUAUUUACCACUCACUUUGUUCUUGGUUUCUCUUAUAGCUGAAGUAGCUGUGGUCCAGUCUUCUUCUUCUUCUUCUUCAAAAUGGAGCUCAAAGAAGAGAGAAACAGACUACGACAAGUGGGUGUCUUGGAACCUAAAAAAUUACCGAACACAAUCUAUGAUGACUGCCGAGUUAAGAUCAGCCAACAGCCGUAAAAGAUCGGGCGGCGCGGCGGCGGGGGGUUCAGCCGCCAAGGAGAGCGUAGUUGACGAAGCGCUGAGGAGAGCUGAGAUGAACAAAGUGAAUAUAAGCGUCAGCCAAGACGGCACCGCUGACUUCACAACUAUCACUGAAGCUCUCAACUCCAUUCCCCCUCGCAACACUAGGAGAGUAAUUUUGACUAUUAAACCAGGUGUUUAUAGGGAAAAAAUUACCAUUCCGAGAAGUUCGCCGUUUAUUACAUUCGUAGGCGAUGGUGAUGAUCCGCCGCUCCUUACUGGAAACGACACCGCAUCUGCCACUGGAAUAGAUGGGAAACCUUUGAGGACGUUUCAGAGUGCAACUGUUGCCGUCGAAGCUAAUUAUUUCGUCGCCAUCAACAUCAAGUUUGAGAACACGGCUCCACAUGAGGUUGGGUCGCGGAAAGGACAAGCGGUGGCGAUGCGAAUAUCAGGGACGAAGGCUGCAUUCUACAACUGCAGCUUUUAUGGAACCCAAGACACUCUCUACGAUCACAAGGGUCUUCACUACUUCCACAACUGCUUCAUCCAAGGUUCCGUCGACUUCAUUUUCGGGUACGGCAGAUCCUUAUACGAGAAGUGUUAUCUGAACUCGACGGCGAAGAAGGUGGCGUGGUUGACAGCUCAAAAGCGGAGCACUACAUCAUUAGAAAGUGGGUUUUCGUUUAAAGACAGUGUGAUCACAGGAAGUGGGCACUUAUACCUUGGAAGAGCUUGGGGUGACUAUUCCAGGGUUGUCUUCUCUUACACUUUCAUGGAUAACAUUGUUCUUCCCCAAGGUUGGAGUGACUGGGGUGACCAAAAGAGAGAUCAAAAAGUGUAUUACGGUGAAUACAAGUGCAGUGGACCAGGAGCCAACUUGGCCGGGAGAGUUCGGUGGGCUCGAAUGCUGACCGAUGAAGAGGCUAAGCCUUUCAUUGGGACCUACUACGUCCAAGGUGACAAUUGGCUCAUUCCAUCUUAAUUGCCUUCAUUUUUUACUAUAUUUAUAUUUCUUAUGGAUCUAUUUCUACUGAUUAAAAAUAAUGUCAGGCUAUGAUAAAAUAUAAUAAUAGUAAUGUCCGACUAUAUAUCUUAUAUUACUUCGAGUAGAAUUUCCAAAAUGUCCCCUUGGAUUGUUAAUAUAUACAGUCCAUUAUUGUGGACAAUUUAAAUUUGUGUAUUGCGUACUGUAAUCUUAUAUACUAGUGAAUUUCUACACUAUGAUGAAUUACAUAUUGAAAAGAAUGUUGCUAUAUA